CAAUCCACGGCGUCGAAUUCGGACGGGGGAUAGCAGGAGGUGGCGGCGGCUGGCCAUGUUUUGGUUCCCUUUUGCAGUUAGAGGGCGGGCCGAGUGCAAGUGCUGCUGCCGGUGGCUGCUAGUGCUGGAGCUUGAUGUGAUGCUCAUCACUGGUGACAUUUGAGUGCCAGGUUCGCAGUCGGACCAGAGUUGGCAGUAGGUGGAAGCAGAAUCUCCAUGUUCUGGUGGGCGGCUCGGCGUUGCCACUGCUCCUUGUGCAGUGCCGCCGCCGGCGUGUGUAGUGUUACUCCCCCACAGCUUCUGGUGAGCGGAGCGUGCGGACCGUGGAGAGUGUACUGCCAGCUUCAAUUGAAGGCGGCAUCAUGUGUGUUUGGAUUCUAUGAUGCUCACCAGUCUGCUUGUUGUGAGGCUUUUGAUUCCGCUAUUUGAGCAUUAGAUUCAGAGUCAUGUCUAUAACUGCUUAUGCACCCAAUGUUUGAUAUGACAAUAGCUGAUUUGUUGCCCCCCUCCUACUUGCCUAACUAGAGAGGAGCACUAGCGUAUGAAGUUGUUCAGCUGCGAAACUAUGUGGCAAGUUUGGCCUCCGAGGAUUUGGAGAUCCAUAUUGAGGCUCUGGGUCUGCAUUUCUGCUAUCUGAGGAACUGAAUCUGGAGUUGAAGUCUGUGAAUGAAUAAUUGUUCAUCUUCUAAUUCUGUUCGAUGGAUACUGGCUGAUUGAAUUUUUGCCUUCCCUCACACAUUGAGUAGUCACAUAGCUGCCCUAUUUCUCCUGUCUGCAAACGAAUGUGAUAAUGGACAACGUUGGACAUAGGGAAGAUGGGAGGCAAAGACAGGACUCAUAUAAAGCACUUCAUACUCAGUGGAUGAUGCCCCAAAGGCAAAUGAAAGACCACCACAGCAUGAACCUCCUAGCACUGAUGAGUGAGAGGGACAAUGCCAUCAUGGAGAGAGACCAUGCUCUGGCUGAGAAGAAAGCUGCCAUGGCCGAGAGAGACAUGGCGUUUGCCCAGCGGGACUCUGCAAUGGCUGAACGUAAUGCUGCAAUCGUCGAAAGAGACAAUGCCCUUGCCGCACUUGAACUAGCCCGUACAAAUGGAUUUAAUAUGAACAACGGGAACGGAUUCAACCCAGGAUCUCUCAAUGGAGCGAAGAACUUCCACCACCACGACCAGCAGCCCCAUGCUCAAUCAUUGCCUCUGCAACUGGCAGAUGCUCCAUACGACCAUGCGAGGGAAAUGCACAUAUCAGAUGCAUACCCGAUCUCAACAGCUCCAGUGAGUGCUGCUGGAAAGGCAAAGAAGCCCAAGAAGAACAGUUCCCAAGGAUCUCCACUGAAGAGGCCGUCAGGUGUGCUCCGGAAAACCAAGAAAGCUGCUGGUGACUGGAGAGACGUCGGAAUUUCUGGUGGCGGCGAGGAUCCAGCUCAUGUCGCUUCUGUGAUGAAGAACGAGUGGAAGGACCAGGACCUUGGUCUGAACCAGGUCUCGUUUGACGAGUCAUCCAUGCCCGCGCCUGCCUGCUCGUGCACGGGGGUCCUCCGCCAGUGCUACAAGUGGGGCAACGGCGGGUGGCAGUCGUCCUGCUGCACCAUGAGCAUGUCCCUGUACCCGCUCCCAGUGAUGCCCAACAAGCGCCACGCCCGCAUGGGCGGACGGAAGAUGAGCGGGAGCGCAUUCACAAAGCUGCUCAGCCGACUAGCGGCUGAGGGCCAUGAUCUGUCGGCGUCGGUGGACCUCAAGGACCAUUGGGCCAAGCAUGGCACAAACAGGUAUAUCACCAUCCGGUAGCUCUGCUGCUUCUGUUCGACAUGGAAGGAGGGAUAUGAGGCAAAGGUCCGUAUAGUCUCCUUUGGUGGGUGGAUGGAGGGGUUCAUCAUGUCCGCAAUGUCAGUGAGUUCUUGGUGAAUGCAGGUAGAAUUCUGUGUAGGUCCUCCUCCCUUUCUGAACCCCGAGUCGCGCCAGACAGCGGCAAUGUAAUUUUAGCAACCCCAGGUAUUAGUUGUCGAAUUGGAUUGCUGUAUGGUUCAGACAACUGGAUUUUAAUUGGUAAUAGGCGUUUCCUCCUU